AUGGUCCUGCGGGAGAGGGACGGUGCAGAAGGCUCUGCUCCCCCAGGGAGCAGCGACACGUCUUCAGAGACCUCGGAGGACUCGGACAGCAGCCCUUCCCACCCGCAGGGCCCUCACUCAAAAGAAAAUCUCAAUUACACAUCCCUGGUCUUCCCGGGGAAAGGCCACGGGCCAGGCUCUGCCAGGGACUACGAGAACGUGAAGACUGGGGCGGACUACGUCAACGUGGACCCCAAAAAGAAGAAAGUGGAUUUCUGGCCCUGCUCCAGCCCCGUGUCAUCCAAGUCCAUCGAGUACACCGAGGUGAAGCUGUGA